AUGGACAUCAUCAUCGUUGGCGCUGGGAUUGCCGGUCUGAGUGCUGGAGUUGGUCUGCGUAAGGCAGGGCAUAAAAUUCUCGAACAAUCAUCAUUAGCGCACGAAGUCGGAGCCGCCAUCACUAUCAAACCAAAUGCGUCGCGGGUUCUUCGGUCGUGGGACUUUUCUCCAGAGGCAUCUGGUAUGGUCGCCAUACGCAAUGGGAGCCUGAUUGAUGGCACGAACAUGAAUGUGUUGAUUCCAAGCUACUACAAAGACUGCGAAUCGAAUUAUGGCGUGCCCAUGUACUCCGUCCAUCGCGAAGAUCUUCACACCCAGAUAAAAGUCCUGGCUACGCGCAAGGAGGGCGCCGGGCGCCCCUGUGAUCUUCAGACACGGUCCAAAGCUGUUGAAUAUGAUGCAAAAAACGGCAAAGUAACGAUGGAAAACGGUGAGGUCUUGCAGGCCGAUCUCAUAAUUGCCGCAGAUGGUGUGCAUUCGAACGCUGUGCAGCAUGUUCUCGAUGACAAUCAAGUUGUCCAAUCUGGAGAUACAGGAUGGGCGUGUAUGCGGUGGCUGGUUCCAAGAGAUGACUUCCUCUCAGACCCAGAGACGGCCCACAUGAUUCGAGACUCAUCAACAAGAUACUUCACGGGAUCUGAGGGCGCGGCUGGCUUGGUGUGGUACCCAUGUCGAAACAACGAGGUACAGAACUUCUUGUACCUCUCACGGGAUUUUGAUACCUCCCACAUCGGAGAAGAUUUCCGAGCGAAGGUAGACUCAAGCCUGCCGCUGGAAUAUGCCGAGAGGCAUUUUGCCCCGGAAGUGCAAACGAUAGUCAAAAAAGCCCAAGAGGUGAAGAUGUGGAAACUGAUCGCCAGAGAUCCGAUUCCCAAAUGGCAUAAGGACCGCCUUGUCCUGAUUGGCGACGCAGCUCACCCAAUGCUCACCUUCCAAGGUCAAGGUGGUGGACAGGCGAUCGAGGAUGGUGCAGCCCUCGGCGUCCUAUUCGACCAGCUUUCUGACAAAGCCGCCAUCGAAGAUCGACUGCAGCUGUUCGAGCAGGUUAGGCGAAACAGAGGCUCAGCACUCCAGAUUCUCUCCGGUAUCAAUCCGCCAGCACCGCAAUCUGUCCGCGAUGCUGCCGCCGAAUACCUUCCAGAUGGCAAGAAGCUUGAUUCCACCGACGAGAUCAACGAGUACGUCUUUUCGUUCGAUGUCAUUCAGGAAUCGAAGGCUGCGCUUGCUGCCGCGUAG